AGAACCACUAAGCCCAGAAGCUUCCAUUCACCGCCCACACCUAUAUGAAUCCACGCCGCUGCCUCCCAGGCCUCUUCUUUUUUCUCUCCCACACUUCACAACACUCCAUCUCUUCUAUCAUAAUUGAGGAUAGGGUUAUCUGCUCUCUAUCUAACCUCCUAACUCGAUCAUCCUCUCGAGUUCGCUGUACACUAUUACCCCCCUCGUCCACGUUUCCUCGUUUCUUUUGAUACCCCUUUCACAAUGGCCCCCGCUAUCGGUAUCGAUCUGGGCACGACCUACUCGUGCGUAGGCGUCUUCCGUGACGACCGCAUUGAAAUCAUUGCCAAUGACCAGGGUAACCGCACGACUCCCUCGUUCGUUGCUUUCACCGACACCGAGCGUCUCAUCGGUGAUGCCGCCAAGAACCAGGUCGCCAUGAACCCUCACAACACAGUCUUCGACGCCAAGCGUCUCAUUGGCCGCAAGUUCAACGAUGCUGAGGUCCAAUCUGAUGCCAAGCACUUCCCCUUCAAGGUCGUCGACAAGGCUACGAAGCCCGUCAUCGAGGUCGAGUUCAAGGGCGAGACCAAGCAGUUCACUCCCGAAGAAAUCUCUUCUAUGGUCUUGAUUAAGAUGCGUGAGACUGCUGAGGCGUACCUCGGUGGUACCGUCAACAACGCGGUCGUCACUGUCCCCGCUUACUUCAACGACUCUCAGCGUCAGGCUACCAAGGACGCCGGUCUCAUCGCCGGUUUGAACGUCCUUCGUAUCAUCAACGAGCCCACUGCCGCCGCUAUUGCCUACGGUUUGGACAAGAAGGCUGAGGGUGAGCGCAAUGUCCUCAUCUUCGACCUGGGUGGUGGUACCUUCGAUGUCUCUCUCUUGACUAUUGAGGAGGGUAUCUUUGAGGUCAAGGCUACUGCCGGUGACACCCACUUGGGUGGUGAGGACUUCGAUUCCAGACUCGUUAAUCAUUUUGCAAAUGAAUUCAAAAGAAAGUACAAGAAAGACCUCACUACCAAUGCUCGUGCUCUACGCCGUCUCCGCACUGCUUGCGAACGCGCUAAGCGUACUCUCUCUUCCUCGGCACAGACCUCUAUCGAGAUUGACUCUCUCUUCGAGGGUAUUGACUUCUACACUUCCAUCACCCGUGCUCGAUUCGAAGAGCUCUGCCAGGACCUCUUCCGCUCCACCAUGGAGCCCGUCGAGCGUGUCCUCCGUGACGCCAAAGUUGACAAGUCCUCUGUCCACGAGAUCGUCUUAGUCGGUGGUUCUACCCGUAUCCCUAAGAUUCAGAAGUUGGUUAGCGAUUUCUUCAACAAGGAGCCCAACAAGUCCAUCAACCCCGAUGAGGCCGUCGCCUACGGUGCCGCAGUCCAGGCUGCCAUUCUCUCCGGUGACACUUCCUCCAAGUCCACCAACGAGAUCUUGCUUCUCGACGUUGCUCCUCUCUCCGUCGGUAUCGAGACUGCUGGUGGUGUCAUGACUCCUCUCAUCAAGCGCAACACUACCAUCCCUACCAAGAAAUCCGAGACUUUCUCCACCUACAGCGACAACCAGCCCGGUGUGUUGAUUCAGGUUUAUGAGGGUGAGCGUGCUCGUACCAAGGACAACAACCUUCUUGGCAAGUUCGAGCUUACUGGUAUCCCUCCUGCUCCUCGUGGUGUUCCUCAAAUUGAGGUCACUUUCGACAUGGAUGCCAACGGUAUCAUGAAUGUCUCUGCUGUUGAGAAGGGUACUGGCAAGAGCAACAAGAUCGUCAUCACCAACGACAAAGGCCGUCUUUCCAAGGAAGAGAUCGAGCGCAUGUUGUCCGAGGCCGAGAAGUACAAGGAAGAGGAUGAGGCUGAGGCUUCUCGUAUCCAAGCCAAGAACGGUCUUGAAUCUUACGCCUACUCUCUUAAGAACACCCUUGGAGAGGGCAAGCUCAACAUCGAAGCCUCCGACAAGGAAAAGCUCGAGGCCGAGAUCGAGAAGACCAUCAGCUGGCUCGACAGCAACCAAACCGCUACCAAGGACGAGUACGAGUCCCAGCAGAAGGAGCUCGAGACCGUCGCCAACCCGAUCAUCUCUGCCGCCUAUGGUGGUGCUGGUGCAGCUCCUGGUGCCGCCGGUGCCUCUGCUACUCGCACUGCUGACGAGGUUGAGGAGCGCCCUGAGGAGCUCGACUAAAUGCCUCACCAUAUCAUAGAUCUCAGAGCGGGGAGUGAUGAGUAACACUCCUCUGUACUCUUAAAUUUUUCCUUUGUUCCAAAAAUUCUGGCUUGCUAGUUUGGCAAGUUUACUGGCGCUAAUGUUUAUGAACUGGGCAUGUUUUCGUUACGAUGCAUAGAUGAUAGGUCCGGCUGUGUUUAUGAUAUUACACCGCAACCUUAGUUACGAGUCUAAUAAUACGUCUCUUUCAAUAUUUUAUUUAUUCUUAACUGUAAAUUUAUUUAACGAAUGGUAUAUUGGAACAGUUAUCCAAUAUUAAUACACUUAUGAUGACC